UUGAGGUCUUGAACGUCUCUGUCAGUCGGCAGUGUUCUGUGUUUAUUUAUUGCAUUACGAUCUUUAAUAAGUGAUGACGGAGAGAGGCGACCCGGCGGCCCGGGCGGUGCUUCAGCAGUGUCUGCAGGCCAAACUGCAGGUGAGACCAGCAGAGGAACCCUCAAAGGAACCCUCAAAGGAACCCGCAGAGGCUCAGUUCGUCCAGAUCGACAGAGGAAUGGUGAUUUAUAUCUGCUUCUUUAAAGGAGCCACGGACGACAUCCUGCCCAAGAUGGUGUCCACGCUAUUGAACGUCCGGCUGUGUGAGUCCGACUCGGGGAAGACGGUCUCGGUGUCGGAGCUCCCCGGCAGCCUGCUCAUCGUCCCUCAGGCCACGAUGGGCGGGAAGGUCAAAGGUCGAGCCAUGCAGUACCACGGCAAUAUCGGCAAAGAGGACGGCCGGCGGCUCUACGGCGCCUUCGUCUCGCUGUGUGAGGAGGAGCUGGCGGCCGCUUCGGCUGAAGUGAAGGUGAAACACGGGACGUACGGAAACAGACAAGUGCUGAAGCUCGACACCAACGGACCGUACACACAUCUGAUGGACUUCUGAGGAGUCGAGCUCAAGACUGUCUCUUAAUUCACGUCUAAAUAUCCACCAACAAGGCCACAAACAGACUUUAUGUGUUGAUAUUUGAUUUAUGCAUUUAUGUCUUUCUAGAUUACAUUGGCUUAUGUCACAGUUUGUUGUGUAACCACAACAGACGACAGUAAAUAGAAUACGAAAGUCUAAAAUUAAUACUUAGUUUAAUUUGUCCUCUGUGAGCCACAGUGAUGCAGGAUGUGAAGUCUUCUCCGGACCAGCAGGGGGCGCUCAGCUGCGUUUCAGGGACCGGAAAUAAACAGCACUCAGUAAACUUGGGUUACAGCAGCUUUUACAACCUGCGUCAAACCUGUUUCUCUGUCAAGUCAGCGGCAAGUGGGAUCAAUGUCACUUCCGGUUAAUCGCUUUUGCUGCCAAAAUAAAAGGACGAAAAUAACGGCA